CUGAGGGCUACAAUAUGAGCAUCCCAAUGCCUGGCCACCCAGUGAAUUUCUCUCAGGCUACGCUUUCCCAGGCCCAGAAAGAUGUGGUGCAGCUGGAGAAGCUCAUUUCAGAACAUGAUGUGGUGUUUUUGCUCAUGGACACAAGGGAGAGCCGCUGGCUGCCCACUGUUAUAGCUGCCAGCAAGAGAAAGCUCGUGGUGAAUGCUGCUUUAGGCUUCGACACGUUCGUUGUAAUGCGACAUGGUCUAAAGAAACCUCCCGUCAGUCAAAGUGUUUCCGCGGCUACAGACUCCUCUACUUCCUGUUCCUCUGCUUCCUCGUCAUCUUCCACUCCGGCCGGAGCUGCGCCCAGUGUCCCAGGAUCCUCUCUGUUCUCCAACAUCCCAGGGCACAAGUUGGGCUGCUACUUCUGCAAUGAUGUUGUUGCUCCAGGAGAUUCGACCAGGGAUCGGACCUUGGAUCAGCAGUGCACCGUCAGCAGACCAGGCCUUGCCAUGAUUGCUGGAGCUUUGGCUGUGGAGCUGAUGGUGUCCAUCCUACAGCAUAGUGAAGGGGGCUACGCAGUGGCCAGCAGCAGUGACGACAGAAUGAACGAACCUCCCACGUCUCUUGGUCUUGUGCCUCAUCAGAUCCGAGGCUUUCUGUCCAGGUUUGACAACGUGCUGCCUGCCAGCCUGGCCUUCGACAAAUGCACUGCCUGCUCACCCGUUGUCCUGGACCAUUAUGAGAGGGAAGGUUUCAGCUUUCUGUCCAAGGUUUUUAAUUCUUCCCACUCAUUUCUGGAAGACCUCACAGGACUGACUCUGCUGCACCAGGAAACUCAGGCUGCAGAGAUUUGGGACAUGAGCGACGAUGAGAGCAUCUGAAGGGUGGAGCAGAGGGAGGAUUUCACUCCAAAAAUAUUCUUCCCAAUACCUAACAUCGAGCUCUGUAUAUUAGAUACAAGGUGCAUCGUCACACUUGAGUAAUAAUGGUAAAACUAAUUCUUCACAAGCGGACAAAGACCUUGAGCUUAUUGUGGUGUGUAAAACCAUGUUUGCAAAAAUUAAGUGUUGAAUUGUCUCUAAAUUACGAUCACCACAAUAAACAAGUUUAGUUGAUUCUGUCAGCAAGGUUUUGACAUCUGUUUGCUCAUUCAGCUUGGAAAAGAAGAGCAUCAGGUAAAACACAUCCGAGGACUCGCCAAAUCCGUCCAUCUCGUCUUCUGUUUUCUAGAGACCCAAACAUAUACAGAGCAGCUGAUACGAAAACCAGCUUUCAGAUCAUUCCUGGGAGGAAACCUGCACACACAUUUCUGUGCAUGCGGGAAGUUUUUUGUUUAUUUUUACUUUGCACUGUCUUGUGUCUGCAAACUUGCUUGAGUCUUAAGAUCUGUAAAAUUGUAAUGGGUUAUUUGUUGAGUAAAAAAAAAAAAGCUCAGUGAUGAGGUCAGUGUUUAAAAGCAAAGCAGAAAUUGUGAACGAAUAAUGUUUCUACUUAGCCAAUUCACUUCUGUUAGUGUUUAACCUAAAAAGUGUAAUAAAAAGUUUCCUCGCAGUUUAACAUCAAAGAG